AUGCUCGAUUGGAGCAAAGUCACAAAGUAUAGCGGUAUUCUCCAGCUCUACCGUGAUCUUAUCAAAUUUCGUCGCAACAAAGAGAAGAAUACUCGAGGUCUUAUGGGUCAAAACAUUCAUGUCUUCCACACAAAUGAGCAAGCUAAAGUGAUAGCUUAUCAUCGUUCGAUGGAAGGUGGUCGAGGAGAUGAUGUGAUCAUUGUGGCCAACUUCUCAGCUCAAUCAUUUGAUUCAUAUACGAUUGGGUUUCCAAGUUCAGGAACGUGGAAACUUCGCUUUAAUUCCGAUUGGAAAGGCUAUUGCGAAGAUUUUACAGACAUAGGAUACGAUACCACAGCACAUGAAGGCGAAUAUGAUGGUUUCUCGUGUCAAGGCAAUGUUGGCUUGGGUCCUUACAGUUUGAUUAUUCUCUCGCAGUGA